CUUUGCUUAUUGUUUACUGAGGACGCUUACAUGGUGUACAUCGGACCUCCCUCUCCGUUCUUACUGUAGAAAAUGGACAAUACAGCCUUUCUUCGCACACGACCUCCCCAGUCACCGCCAUCUGCUCUUCACGGUCAGACCUGAGUCGACCACGCGCCGCCGGUCACCUCAUCUCCCAUCGCCCCCCACCGCCUCGACCUCAUCUUCCCUCGGGGAAUACAAAACAGUCCAUCCCAUGUGAGAUCCAAGGGGACAUCGCGCUAGCGGGCCGCCUGUUUCUGGAUAUAGCGACGAACAAUGCUGCUUCGCGACAGAAUCCCAUGCGCCGAAGAGCGCUGCUCCACGCGGGCGCCUCUUCGAAGCAUGGGCCCGAGUCGCAUAUAUAAGACGUGAUAUGGACGAGAGCCGGCCCUCCCUGUGCAAUGCUUCCCCUCGCCUCUCUCGGAGUCGCCGCGCUCGGCGCCGCCGCCUUUGCGCGCGCCGGCCAGUUCGCCGACGUUGAUGGCGCGAUCGGCGCGGUCCCCCCGCGGUCCGGCCAGCGCAUCGCAGCCGCCGCCACAAACGCGACCGACGCGUCGUCCAGCGCCACUAACAGCACCUCCGCGGCGACGCCUGGCGCGUUGCGCGUGACGGAGAACUCGGGCAUCUGCGAGACGACGGAGGGCGUGAACCAGUACUCCGGCUAUGGCGACUUGUCCGAGGACGAGCACAUUUGGUUCUGGUUCUUCGAAUCCCGCAGUGAUCCCGAGAACGACCCGCUCGUGCUGUGGUUCAAUGGCGGGCCUGGUAGUUCCUCCAUGAUCGGCCUCUUGCAGGAGCUUGGCCCGUGCCGUAUCAACAACGAUUCCGCGGACGUAUCGCUGAACCCUUACUCGUGGAACAACAACGCAAACGUCGUAUUCAUUGACCAGCCUGUCGGUGUCGGCUUCUCGUAUGGGAAGACCGAGGUCGGGACGAGCCAGGAGGCUGCUUCGGACGUCUGGGACUUCCUCCAGAUCUGGCUGAAGGACGAUCACUUCAGCCACUUGCAGAAGAACGACCUCGCUAUCUGGACGGAGAGCUACGGUGGCCACUACGGUCCUACCUUUGCCUCAUACUUCCUCGACCAGAACGAUGCUAUCUCAUCCGGCAGCGUCGACGGCAUCACCUUGAACCUCAAGGUCCUUGGUGUUGGUGAUGGUCUUACUGAUCCUCUUCACCAGUACCCCGGCUAUGUCACCUACGCUGCGGCGAACCCGUACCACCAGCUUGUCAAUGACAGCGUCAUCAGUUCCGCCAACAGAUCUCUGACGAAGGAGGGCGGGUGCUUGGAUCAGGUUGCUGCCUGCUACGACAACGGAUCCAACGACGUAUGCAGCGAUGCGCAGAGCUACUGCAACAACUACAUCCUUAGCCCCCUCGGUGGUGACUGGGACGUCUACUACGUGCUCGCAAAGGAUCCCGACCCCUACCCCGCCGACAUCACCGACUACCUGGCCUCGGUUGCCAACACAAUCGGCGCCGAGUCCAACUGGUCGAUGACCAACUACGACGUCUACAGCAACUUCGCCUACACCGGCGACUGGAUGCGCAACUCAGCCAUCGACCUCGCGAAGGUCGUUGACGCGGGCGUGCGCACCCUCAUCUACGUCGGCGACGCGGACUUCAUCCUCAACUACCCGGGCAUCGAGGCUGAGCUCGAGGCCCUGAAUUCCACCCUCCAGUCCGACUUCAAUGGCCAGGACCUCCAGGCCUGGACCGUCAACGGCGUCGAGGCGGGCAAGUACAAGCAGGUCGGUGACCCGUCGGGCGGCAACAGCCUCGGCUACGUCCGCGUCUACGGCGCUGGGCACGAGGUGCCCGCUUACAAGUGGGACUCGCUGGAGGUCGGGCAAGCUGCGUUGCAGAUGUUCAGCCAAGUGAUGGGCGGGAAGGGCCUGACGAGCACGUAACGUCUGCUGCGCAGCUCUGAGAAUGGGCAAUGAAACUGCCUAUUUCUGCAAGUACUUACGAGUAUCUAUCUUGUAGAGGCGAUGGAGCCGAAAACAAAUCCAAAUUGACAAAUUGAAUGACUGAGGUUUUCUU